AUGCAAUGAAGGAAGCUGUUCCUAGAGUUGGUUAAUUCUUUGCAGUUGUUGGUGAAGUAUAGUGAAAGCUAGCUAGGGUUUAUAAAAAAUUAAGUGUGUCAAAUCGAUAAUAUUGAAGUAUAUUGGGCCAUCCAUCCAUUAUUUCAUAUCCAUUCAUCCAAAAAUGGGUGACACCAAAGGAGGAGACAACACAAAGAAACAACAUUUGACCACCACCACCACAUCAUCUUCUCCUCCCACUCAUCCCCAACAAGCAUCAGCAGCAGCAGCGCAAGAUUCAAGCACUGAUUCCAUUCCUCAUCAUCAUCAUCUAGUUGGAGUCAGUGGUUCACCCUUCCUCUCACCUCCUCCACCUCUUUACACUAAUAUUCCAGCUCAUGGAUCUGCCACAGUGCCUAGCUCAUUUGAUCAGAACCAGAUAGUGGUGAAUACUAAUCCCAAGAGACCAAGAUAUACUUCAGCUGGACAGUGGAAGCUCUUGCCUUCUCCAUCCCCAUCACAGAAACAAACAAACCUUCCUUAUCAGCAGGUGAAUAUUCCACUGGUGAUUAGCAAUGAGUCUACUCCCUCUCCUUCAAAUCAACCUCCCUCCACAAUACCACCACCGCCGCCGCCACCAGCGGCGGCGGCGGCUUCUUCUUCCGACACCGCGGCCUCAUCGCCAUCUCACCCGUCUCUUUCCGGCUCCCAAGAGUGUGCUAAUUUAUCAGAAGCUGGUGGAGAUGAACAGCUACUUCAGCAGCAGGAGCAGCGGUUGCAGAUGAGAAAAGGGAAAAUUGUGAGCCCUCCAUGGAAGCCUAAUGAGUCCCUGUGGCUCGCCAGGGCCUGGAGGAUUCAGUACGAAGGGGGGUCCACAAGUGCACCGCCACAAGAGGGGCAGGGUGGGUCAGGUCAACCGGCAACUGGGAGGUCAGCGACGAAGACACGGGCUGAGAAAGAUAAACAAGUCUCGGAAUAUCUAAAGAGCCAUGGGGUGAAUAGAGAUGCCAAGCAAGCAGGUACGAAAUGGGACAACAUGUUGGGCGACUACAGAAGGGUUUACAAGUGGGAGAGAUUCGGAGGGAGGGAUCAAACAGGCAGGAGUUUCUUCAGGCUUUCCUCUGUUGAAAGAAAAACUUAUAAUUUGCCCACUUCUUUCGACGAACAAGUUUACGAUGAAUUGUGCCAGUUCAUGGGUUCCCGAAUGAGAACUCUUAUUUCGAAUUCAAGACCUGGUGCAUUUGAUGAUCCCUGCCCUUCUCACUUGCUCCUUAGGUCCUUGCCUCCCCCUCCCAUUUUUCGCGAUGACAAUGACAUCCCUCUCACCGCAAGGGCUAAACAACUAGGGUUGACUAGUGGUGGUGAAGCAUUCGGGCAAGGAGGAAGAGGGAGUUUACUAGGAUAUGAUACUGGUUGCUCCUCAGAUGUGAUGUUAACGCCGUCUCGAGAGCUAAAGAGGAUAGGUAAAGUGAGAAUGAUAUGGGAAGAGUCUGUAAAUUUGUGGGGUGAAGAAGGGGAGCAUCACAGAGGGAGAGUGAAGGUGCAAGGACUGAGCUUCUUGAAUGCAGAUGAGUUAACAUAUUUAGAUGAUUCGAUGGUGGCAUGCACAUUAGAAACGUUUGAAGAUGCCACUCCUCUCAAAGGCUUCUCUGUGGAUAGGUUUCUUUCUGGUCAACAGAUUAAAGUCUUUGGCAGAAGAAACUCUUCCACCUCUGCUCCACCCAAUCCUGCUUCUUUUUCUGGUUUCCAUGACAGGAUGCAGCUUCCAUCUACAGAACCUUCUAUCAGAUCUAUUACUGCAUGGGAAUUUCAAGAUCCAACUGAGUAUUAUUUAGGGUGUCUGAAAAUUCCUCCAUCAACACUACCAAGUCUGGUUGAGCUAUCAUGGUACUUACAAGAGCCACCGGCAGAAGAGCUGCGGUUUCCAUUGCGAAAAGAUGUAUACAGAGACUUGCCUCAAGGAAAAGAACUCUUCUUCACCACCUCCAGUGAACUCCUGGAUUGUAGAGCAAUUAUGUAUGAAAUUCUGAGUCCAAUUAUUCGGUCAAACCCUAGUCUCACUGCUUCCACUAGAGACUCUUUUAUCGGCCUCUGGGAUGAUUGCAUCAAUCGCCUGAUCUCCAAAUUCUGUUCUUCAGAAAUGGUAUUUAUUCGAAAACCAUCUUCACAUUCAGCCGAGGAUCCAUUUCAAGACCAGUGGCCUAAUCUUACCGCUUUCAUGCGAAAUUUCUGUCUGUGGAGAGGGGAGGAGACUGAUCAAGUAAGGGAAGGUCAAGUUGAUCCAUCUAAUUCAAUUGUGGAAAAGCUUUCUUGGACUUACACGGACCUUCCUUACGUAUUAGGCUACUACGCAGUUGGCUACAUUGUUACAUUUUGCGCAUUCAGUCCAUCACAAGACGGCAAUAUUAUCCGAACAGAUAUUCACACUCUCGACUUGUCGACGCCCGCCGAAAGACUAAAAGCCCUAAUUCCAUGUUGGAGAAUUGCUGGGUUACUGUCUUUGUUAGCCGAGAGAUGCUUGUUUCACAUUAACAAAGGUGGGAAAAAUCCUAAGCUUUCGCCUUACAGUGACUUCGAAAGAAUCGAAUUGGGCAGCGGAAAUGUCGUCGAAAUGACACCGAAUACGGUCACUAAAUAUUUCUCGAACAAAAGAAAAUGGUGCGCGGUGAAAGAAAUCUACGAUUUUCUGGACCAACGAAUCCCCCACUCCGAAAUUAUAUUCCGAGAUUCUGAAAAAGACUUGGCUCUCACAUUCAAGCCGCGAGGCUGCAAAUUCAAGCCAAAGAAUCUAGAUCAACUCGUCGACGCAUUAAAAUGCGUGACAGAAGCAUUAGUUGCACUCCACGACUUAUCUUUCAUGCACCGAGACCUGGAUUGGGACAAAGUGGUCAUGCGAAGAAGCAGCGAAAAUAUAGAGUGGUUCCUGACGGGGUUCGAGGAGGCGGUGGGAGCGCCGCAGAUCUACCCACAUGCAGCGGCGAGUGGGAAGCACGCUCCGGAGAUGGGAAGGGGCAUGCAUGGGGUGAAAGUUGAUGUAUGGGGAGUGGGGAUGCUGGUGAAGAGCAGUGGAGUCGCGAGUAUUCCAAAGCUACUGAGAGAGUUGCAGAACAGGUGUUUGGACCCGAACCCCGAGCAGCGUCCAACGGCGGCGGACUGCUACCACCACCUGCUGCAGCUACACUCUUCAAUGCCACCGAGUACAACGUUUGAUUGAAGUCUAUAUAUAUUUCUGACUCACUCACAGGAUUUGAUUAUUAUUAUUAUCAGAGUUAACUGGCGAGAAGUAUUAUUUUGUUUGACAAAAAAUAUAUUAUUGGAGGUUGUGUUGUAACAUCUCACUGAAGUUACUUAUUUGCUGGGGGUCAUUGCUAUUUUUGAAGAGGUGUGUACGUACUUUUUCAGAAC